CCUGUUGUGUGACAUCAUCGCUUUGUCACACAGAAACCUGCUGAGCCAAAAGGCCUUGAGCGGCAUGCUUGUCCAGCUCAGUGUAAAUUUAAAUAAAUAUGUUUGAACAAGCGGCAAAACACAAGUUAAUCAGUAAAAAGUCAGUAAGAAAUUGGUGGAAUUUUAGUAAAUGAGUGAGAGAGAAGGCACUAACGCCGAGGCAGUGACGUCACCGGUGGAAGGACUUCAUUUAUCUUCGCCUGUCUUAAACCGUCCAGGGAGCUCCGCGGUGAGACAUGCGCGGUCCCGCCAUGUUCCAGGAGGUGGAUGUCGGGUUCGAAGCGACGACGUGAACGUCACCCGGAGGAGGAGGAGGAGGAAAGUGGGGGGCGACGACGAGCUCGCUUCCAUGCGUACAUCUUCAUCAUGUCCAGGACUUUACGGAGAAUGGUCCACUUGGUGCUCUUCUGUCCUCUGUCCAAAGGCCUGCAGAGUCGCCUCCCAGCCAUCAAGGUCAAGUACCUCCUGCUGGCGUGGUUGGGCGUCCUGGUGGCCAGCUGGGUGCUCUACAUGCAGUACGCCUCCUACGCCGAGCUCUGCCGCGGACACGUCUGCCACGCUGCCAUCUGCAACCACUACAAGCGUGGUGUCAUCGCCGGCUCGUCCUGCAAGGCGCUGUGCGAGCAGAAGACGCUGACGCUGCAGCGCUGCAUGUCCACGUCGUCCAAACACCAGGUGUACGCUGGCCUGUGGAAGGAGCUUCCGGUCGUGAUCAAGUGUGGGAUCGAGGAUCGCGGGAAGGUCGACGGCGCUCCGGAUUCGCCGCUGCGACGGGAGAGGAGCUUGUUUGACAAACCAACGCGUGGAACCUCCAUGGACGAGUUCAAGGAGAUGAUGCUCGACUUCCUGAAGGCUAAUUUCGGAGAGCAGCCAUCUUUGAGCGCCCUCGUGGACAGAAUCAUUACCCUGGCGGACGUCAACCAGGACACAAAGCUGUCCCUCGCCGAGGCCAAGUCGAUCUGGGCCCUCCUCCACAUCAACGAGUUCCUCCUGAUGGUGGCGCUGCAGGAGAAGGAGCACACGCCCAAGCUGCUGGGCUUCUGCGGAGACUUGUACGUCACGGAGCCCCUGGGCCACACCGCCCUCUACAGGCUGGACACGCCCCCGUAUAUGCAGCCCCUGGUCCCGGGGGCCCUCGUCGCCAGCCUGAACCGCUGGCUGGCCCCCGCCUGGCCCCGCCGGGCGCGCAUUACCAUCGGUCUGCUGGAGUUCGUGGAGGAGGUCUUCCACGGGCCCUACGGCAGCUUCCUCAUCUGCGACGCCAGCCCGCGCCACGUGGGCUACAACGCCAAGUACGACUGCAAGAUGGCCGACCUGCGCGCCGUGGCCUCGGAGGCGACGGUGCGCGCGUACCUGAAGGGGCGGCGCUGCGAGACCAACGCCGACUGCACGUACGGCAGCGACUGCACGGCCACCUGCGACCGCCUGGUCAAGCAGUGCAACACGGACGUGGCGCGGCCCAACCUGGCCAAGGUGUGCGCGCUGCUGCAGGACUUCCUGCUCUUCGGAGCGCCGGCGGAUCUGCGGGGCGACCUGGAGAGGCAGCUGCGCACCUGCGUGACGCUCAGCGGACUGGCCAGCCAGAUGGAGGUGCACCACUCGCUGGUCCUCAACAACCUGAAGACGCUGCUGUGGAAGAAGAUCUCCAACACGCAGUACUCCUGAAAGCCACGCGGUGACGACGUCAGACUUUUUUUUCUAUCCUGUGCAGGAUCACGGAGGGGGUGGAGCCUAUACAAGCUGACCAAUGAGGAAGCGCCUUUAUAACCAUGUGAGUAAAACAAUAAAUGUCCUUUUUGCAACUGUGAAUAUCUACAAAGUGAAACUACUGACUUUGAUCCUAUACACUAGAACUUCUACAGUCCAAUACUUCAAGUCAUGCAAUUUUAACGUGCGUGGAAAAAAACCGCAUGUAAAAUGUCAAUUAAUGACUGCACUUGAUGACAUUUUACCAUGACCUCGUUCCUAGCCCCUUCCUGCUAUGUCGCCGAUAAGAAUAGAACAGCACAUUUCCCCUUCAUGGGUGACGUACUGGGUUCGAAUCCAGGUGGAAGUUGUGACAGCAAGGUUUGCUAAUUUACAGGGGUGUCCCUAUCUGAUUUGAUAUUAGUCUGAUAUCAGGGGGAAAAAAAUCAAGUAUGGAAUAAUAUCGGCUUGCACAGAAAAACACUGAUGCAACUCUGAUGUUUGUUAUUUAUCUAAAUGUUCCCCAAUUAACACACAAGGUUUGUCUUUUUGCUGCAGGCUACUAGGAGCUAACAGCUACACAACAGCUAAGCACACGAUAGCGUAGACAUAUGUAGUAAGUGUCCUGAGUUCGAAAUAUUGCAGUAAUGUUGAUAUAAACAUGUAUCAAAUAAUGA